UAUUUUAAUCCAUCUCACGAAGAUUUUUGUCAUAUGGUUGAUUACAUAAUGUCCCAAAUUGUAGUUUUGCUCCCCCAUGAAAGGGAUUCUGGAGGGAAUCCAGAAUAUGGAGUCUGGUCCAACCCAUUGAUUUCCUUAUUAUCAUGCUUAGUUCCAGUGAGCAGAAGGGGGAAGAUGAUGAUAUAGUAAUGCUUGAUGAUUCAAAUAUUCCAAAUUCAAGAAUAUUUGAUCAAAUUCAAAUAUUCUCUCUUUUUGCACCAUCCGUCACCACCGUGUUCGCCUGGUUGCGCCAAAGCAACUAUAACGUCAUUAUUCAUUAAUAUCAGCCCUAAUCUAGAGUUGAUGGUUGCCGUGCUUGCGGAGGACGACCAAGAACUUUGCUGUGAUCGCUACCCGGUGCCAGUCUCGUAGUUUUGUUCUUUCUUUCUCCUCUUUUAGUUACACCUUCGAGGCCCUAUAGAGGUGAACAUAGUCAAUUGCCACUUUAGUAGUUGAAAAUGAUUCGUGCGUUCAAUCCCUUCACCCUUGCUCAUCAUGGUGUUUACUGCUGCUCAUUUAUUUAAAUAUAUAAAGUGGGGCUUUGAAAUGGUAAGAUAUUGGAAUUGGGAUCUUCGAAGUCUUUCAUUCCUUCAACUGAUUUAGAACUUGAAGGAACACAGGCUUACCAGAUUUCUUCAACUGAUUGCAGAGGCAUCUCUCUCUCUCCGUUUCAGAGCAGUAGCCUCUCUUUCAGUUAAGUAUGAGUCUAGCAGAUGGAGUUGCUCACGGUCACGGCUCACCCUCCCGUUCUCCCCUUCAGCGAGGCCGCGAGCUAGAGGUUGCACGUGGAAGUGAUGUCACACGAGUUCGGGACAUGUAUUCCUGUAAUCCUGUUUGAUUGAGGAGUUCACACUGCAGGAGGUUUUCCGGAGACAAUCUCUGAAGGGAUGGCCAUAUGGGUGGGUUUGUGUGAAUUUGGUGCGGGCUGAGCUUCAGCCGACCCAUUACUGAGCAUCGUCUCCUUCGGUGGUUAAACCUCUUGGGACAUCCCAGCAAACAAGGAAGAGGCUGCAAAGUUUGAUGGCGCAUCGCAUACGCUGCUCAUCCCUAGCGCGCUACUUCUCGUCCGCCUCAUCGUCCUCUUCUAAGGUUCCUCUGCUAUGGAAAACUGAAGAAGAGUCCACCACCGUCCAGCUCAUGUCAUGGGGCCGAGGUGCCUCAGGCCAACUCGGCGGUGGCAUUGAAGAAAUCCGACUAUACCCAACUCCUGUCGCCUCUCUUGCCCUGCCCUCCAGUUUCCAACUUUCUCCUAUCCCUGGACGCCUCCCUCCUUCCGAUGCAUCAGAUUUCAAAGCCUCACAGUCGUCUGUGGAGGUUGGCAUCUCAUGUGGCCUCUUCCACUCUUCUCUACUCGUUAAUGGAAAUUUCUGGAUGUGGGGUAAAGGUGAAGGUGGUCGCCUCGGCUUUGGUCACGAAAACCCUGCAUUUGUUCCAACUCUAAACCCUAAUCUUGAUAAUGUCCGAAGUAUCGCUCCGGGUGGACUUCAUUCUGUUGCGCUCACCGCCCUUGGCGAAGUCUUUACUUGGGGCUAUGGUGGAUUUGGGGCUCUUGGGCAUUCUGUUUAUCAUAGAGAAUUAUUGCCAAGACAGGUGAAAGGUGAUUGGAAUGGAAGGAUUUGCCAAAUUGCAACCAGUGGGGCUCAUACUGCGGCUGUAACAGAUUCAGGUGAACUUUAUACAUGGGGUCGAGAUGAAGGUGAUGGUAGAUUGGGCCUUGGUUCUGGUCGUGGCCCGAAUGAGGGUGCACUUAGUGUUCCUUCCAAAGUAAAAGCAUUACCUGUGCCUGUGGUUGCAGUGUCAUGUGGAGGAUUUUUUACAAUGGCACUGACUAAAGAGGGGCAGCUUUGGAAUUGGGGAGCAAAUUCCAACUAUGAGUUAGGAAGGGGUGACAAGAUUGGUGGUUGGAAACCACAACCAAUUCCUAGCCUUCAAGAUAUUCAUGUUAUUCAGAUAGCAAGUGGCGGAUAUCAUUCACUUGCAUUAACAGAUGAAGGUAAAGUUCUCUCUUGGGGUCAUGGUGGACAAGGUCAGUUGGGUCAUUCUUCUAUUCAGAAUCUGAAGGUUCCAAUGGUGAUUGAAUCUUUGGCAAAGGAGCGGAUUGUGUACAUUGCAUGUGGAGGUUCCUCUUCAGCUGCUAUCUCUGAUAAAGGAAAGUUGUAUAUGUGGGGAAAUGCAAGGGAUUGUCAACUCGGGGUUCCUGGGCUGCCUGAGGUGCAAUCUUCACCUAUUGAAGUGAAAUUUCUAAUUGAGGAUGAUGGGGUGCAUCCCCACCAUGUACUUUCAGUUGCAGUUGGUGCAUCUCAUGCCAUGUGCUUGGUUUCAAUUUCUGUGGAUGAGCAUUGGGAUGUUCGGUCUACAUUGAAACAGAAAAUUUGGGAAACAAAAUCCCCUACAUUGGAAAGGCAGAAAGCUUAGUUUGGGCAAGUACAGGAAAGAGGUUUGAGUUGACCUAGGGGUCUUACCUGCAAUAUACGUGUUCGUGAACAAGAAAGAUACCUGAAAUAACUUGUGUUGAAAAGCUUCAUGUGUAGGCCACAUUGCCAUUGAUUGUUUUCUGGCACUUUCAUUUGGAGAAGACCAUAUACUGUCCAACCAGCGGGAUCUGUGAUCAACCCAUGGCAUUUUGAUAGUGUGACUUUCUCUUGAAAUACUGGAUUAUCAUUAUUGUUGAAGAACUGCAGUUGCUUUGGAAUAUACAUCAAAUGUUGCAAAUAUCAUACUUGAGUCAUCCCAAAUGUAAGGAUCUACGUUGUCCCAAGUACACUAAAUUUAUAACUGAUUGUCCUAUUUAUUUUAGUUAAGAACAUUUUUUUUCUGGCAAA